AUGUUACCAGUAAGACGCCUUGCGGCGUUUCCAAAACCUCAUACUCGUCUUUCGUAUGCCUGGAUCCACCGCACUGCUCCCAGAGCUCUUUUCACGAGGCAACUGCCUCAACCUCCUCCUCACAAAGAGACAUACACCUCCAAAGAUGGAAAACAGGUCGAUAACGCUGCUUUUGAUAGACACCCUAUAUUGAGCAAAGUGCCUAGGAUCUUGAGACCCUGGACAACACAGUUUAUCCAUGCUCCAGUGUCACAUGUCACGGCUUUCUUGAUUCUUCAUGAACUUACUGCUAUAGUGCCAUUGGUGGGUAUCUGGUAUGUGCUUCAUUCGUACCAUGAUUUGCUUAUGGUGUCUUCGUUGGACUUGCCUGGCUGGGCCAUUGAAAAGGGUACGAAGAUCAUUGACCUGGCCAUGGUGUCGUUUGACUGGGGUGACUACUCGCUUAAUGAAAAGCUUCAGGUGAUUAUGGAGGGUGCUUAUGCUUAUGUGAUCGUGAAGGCUCUCUUCCCGGUGAGACUAGCAUUCAGUCUUUUUGGAAUGCCGUGGUUUGCCAAGUGGUUUGUGUUGCCAAUUACCAGACUCUUCUCGAGGAAGAAGGAAGUGACAGUGCCAACGCCAACAGAAACUCCAGUUACAACACCAGGAGAGCACAAGACUAAGAAGGUUGAGAAACCAAGACUAUAA